AUGGCUCCAGAAGUAAUGAUGACUAACCGGGUUGUGCGUCGCUUUGGAGAAGAAAAUGCUUUACGAUGUGUUUUUCGUGAUGAUUCUGGUGCACGACUGAUUGUCAAAGAUUUUGUGCAGGGGCCUUGCUAUGAUCGUAAGAUGCGCGAUCAUGGUUGUUAUAUGUACGCAUCGACUCAGCGUCGUAAUGGCGACUCCGCAAUGACUGUCGAAGAAAUGAGGGAAUGGAUGGGCGAUUUUAGCAGCAGCAAAAAUGUCCCAAAACUCAUGAGCCGAAUGGGACAGUGUUUUACACAAGCCCAGCCCACCGUUACCAUCAAGCCGAAUGAAUGGUGUAUUGAGAAGGAUGUCGAAGGCGGAGCUGGACAUCCUGAAACACAUGAACCAUACUGUUUUUCCGAUGGAUGCGGUAGAAUUUCUCCGUCACUUGCCCGACGUGUAGCUCUUGCGCUUCAGCUCGAUAUUGUGCCAAGUUGCUAUCAGGUCCGGUUCAAAGGCUUUAAAGGAGUUUUAGCGAUAGAUCCAUGCUUGGAUUUGGCAAAUAAUGGGCUGAAAUUAGUUUUUAGGUUUGAUUUUUGCGUUAUUAGAAAUUGUCAAAAAGAGGUUGAUCUCAAAAUGUUCGAUAAUUUCGCAUUAAAGCAAUUCGCAGUGACUAUCUAACU